AUGACCAUGGAGGUCGCCUCUUCUGGGGGCUCGAAUGGUGUCGCACCAGCAACCCCUACGCCUUUUGUGGACUCGAGUACCGUGGUCCAAUACUUAGUGGAUGUGCUGCAAGUGACCCUGGGAGCUCUGAAAACCGAGCUAGAGGGCCCUGGCAGUUUACUAUCUAAGGCCAAGUAUAGCGAGACGGUGCAACGAUGCACGCGAUUUGCGUCUGAGUCGCAGGUCGCUCUGUAUGUCCAGAAGGAUAUCGUGGGCACUGAAGAAGGGACUCAGGAUGACGACGCUGAAGCUUCACUAACUCAGUAUGUUUAUAACCUGUCCACCGAAAUUUCGUCUUCUUCCACUACUGUUGCGUCCGUCGCAUUCAUCAAACGCCCCGCUGCUAUCGAUCCUACCCUCCCCUUAUCCUCGCAGAUCCAGGUGAUGAACCUGCCUGGCUUGGCCUCUCUGAACAAUACGCAAGCGCAACAAGGGACAUCUUUGUCGCCAUACGAGAUCCUACACCUCCUCGUACACCAUGGACUGAGCCCUUACUUCGAAGCCUACACCCGCAACCAGGAGGCGAUUAGUGGUCCCAAGCCCCGGACGGAUACUGAAGCGAAGACUGGCGUGCCAGGAACAAAGAAGAAGUUUGCGGAGUUGGAGCUCAAUCUUCUCCAUUUGCAGCAGAAUGUUGAAAUCCCUGCGCUUAAUUUGCCGCUCCACGAAGUUGUCCAGGCGGCCCUACUGGAGGCCGAGAAGCGAGGUGUGAAACCGUCGGUGGAGUUGAUUGAUGCGACAACUCUUGAAAGCAGUGCUUUCAUUAAUAGCAUUCAGAACAAUGUCAAUGCAUGGAUUCGGUCUAUCCAGACUAUUACGAAAAUGUCUCGAGAUGCGGACAGCGGAUCUGCAGCCCAAGAGAUCAACUUUUGGCUGUCCAUGGAAACUGCUCUCGAAGGCAUCGAAAACCAGUUGCGUGGAGAUGGUGUGCAGCUCACGAUGGACAUCCUCCGCCAUGCUAAGCGAUACCAAGCUACUCUGAGCUUUGUUGCUGACACUGGUCUCCGGGAGGCCACUGAUCUGGUUCAGAAGUACAAUCAACUCAUGCGUGACUUCCCACUGGAUGAACUUCUGUCGGCAACCUCCUUGUCUAAGGUGCAGGAGUCGCUCAACAUGAUCUUCAAUCAUCUGAACAAGAAGCUCAAGAUUUGCCCUUACCCGAUCAAGCGCGCUCUAGCUCUUGUGGAAGCUAUUUCUGGAGAUCUGGACACGCAAAUUCAUAGUCUGUUGCAUGGACGCACGAUCUUGCACUUGGAUUAUCGUGAUUUCCGUAAUCUGAUGAAGACCGCUGGUGCAAUUUGGAGGACUUGGGAAGAGAACUUGAAGGAGUUUACCAACGUUGCGCGUGACUCCACAAGGCGUCGCAACGAGAAGUUCAUUCCAAUCAAGAUCGUCCCCCGCCACACAGCCACCCAGGAGCGCUUGAAAUACAUCAACACGUUUCGGGUCAACCACGAGCAACUUCAAAGGACUAUCGUCAAUGUCCUCGGGCCCAAAGGCUCCACUGCUGCCGGAGCUGGAUCUGACGAUGCUGUCAUUGUGGAGGAGAUCGGAGACGUGGAUGCUGUCGAAGAAGUUGCUCAGGCGUAUGCUGCUUUGAAGAACGUUGACGUGCUGGACGUGAGCCCCGAAGGCACGCAAUUGUGGGUGCAAGAGGAAAUUGCAUAUAAUGAACGCACAUCCCGCGUUGAGAACUCCAUCAUAGCUCGUCUGCGAGACCGCCUGGCGACAGCGAAGAAUGCGAACGAAAUGUUCCGUGUCUUUUCAAAAUUCAAUGCACUGCUUGUGCGUCCCAAGAUCCGGGGUGCCAUUGGCGAAUACCAGACACAGCUCAUUGAGAAUGUCAAGCAAGACAUUAACUCCCUACACGAACGUUUCAAGCAACAAUAUGGCCACUCCGAGGCUCAUGCAAUGUCUCAAUUGCGUGAUCUACCACCAGUUUCAGGAGCCAUAGUUUGGGCACGCCAAAUUGAGCGACAGCUUGAUGGAUACAUGCGCAAAGUUGAGGAUGUGCUAGGAGAGGAUUGGCAUAUGCAUACUGAGGGCCAGAAACUGCAGGCUGAGAGCAGCCUUUUCCGGAAGAAGCUGGAUACCCGCCCAGUUUUCGAGUCGUGGCUGCAUGACGUGCAAAGACGGCACAUCACGAUAUCUGGCCGGUUAUUCAAUAUCAUACGCAACCGCGCCGCUGGCAAUACCCUCGAACUUGCCGUGAACUUUGACCCUCAAGUCAUUGCGCUCUUCAAGGAAGUCCGCAACCUUAUCUGGUUGAACUUUCAAGUUCCCCACGCCGUGAGCAACAUUUCGAAGGAGGCUAAGCGUGUCUAUCCGUACGCAAUCAGUUUAAUGGAGAGCGUCCGAACCCUCUUACAAACACACCGUUCCAUCCUGUCAAUGACUGAAGUUGCGAUCCUCCUGAACGGUUAUGUCAAUGACACCCAGAGUAUGAUCACAAAAGGUGUUCCUCUCCGGUGGGAAUCGUUCGUGCAUUCGUAUGAACUGCAUGUCAAGCAAUCAGCAUUGGCCAAUGGUGCAAUUGACUCGGCCAUCCCAACUACCCGAACGGAGAGCAAACAUGUCCAAUUUGUACGCGAAUUCGCUGGCUCGGCCUCGGUCCUCCAGUCUAAGACGGCUGUUCUUGCUUCUAUCAACGAGAAUAUCCAGAAGGCAAUCCAUGAGCUCAAAACGUGCCCAUACGAGGCAUCUGCAUUCAAGCAGCGCCUGGACACAAUCCAGGUCUCGGUCGAUAAGUUGAAUUUGGAGAACUAUGUGAACUUGGGAUACUGGGUCUCCAAUCUGAACCAGAAGAUUGAGUCCAUCCUUCGUGAACGCCUCCACCGUGCGAUCCGAGAAUGGAUCCAUUCCUUCCACGAGACUAAGAAUGGACAGCAAAGCUCACAUACCACGACUGAAGGGCAAGCAGAGGGAAUCACCUACAGCAUCGAAUUCCCCAAGCUGGUGCAUGAGAUAUCCAUGCGAAACCAAGUACUCCAUCUUGACCCGCCAUUGCAAUAUGCGCGAGCGAGUUGGUUCUCCCAAUUUGGGGAUUGGCUAGGCGUUGUUUGCAACCUGGAAAAGAUCAAAGCCUCGCGAUAUCAAAUCUCGAUCGGUGUCGAGAAAGUGCAACCAUCCGACUCCCGUUUCGUGGAUCUUCCCCAAAACUGCGUCGACGAGCUCAAUCAAGUUUACAAUGCCGUGGAGUCUAGGCUGAAGGAAGUCUCAGAGUAUGUUGACAAGUGGCUGCAGUUCCAGUCUCUCUGGGAUUUACAGUCGGAGCAUGUGUACGAUAUUCUAGGCGAUGACUUGUCUCAAUGGCUUCAGCUACUCCAGGAGAUCCGGAAAAGCCGAGCAACCUUCGAUACCUCUGAAGUCAGCCGAUCAUUCGGUAAUAUUCAGAUUGACUACGAGCAGGUCCAGACUAAAGUCAACGCCAAGUACGAUCAAUGGCAACACGAGAUCCUCCAGAGGUUUGGAUCCAAGCUUGGAGGUCGGAUGAGAGAGGUCCACUCUGAAAUUGCAUCCGCGCGACGGGAUCUGGAAGGCCAGACCCUGGAAGCUUCCUCAACCGCACACGCCGUUUCUUUCAUUACUAUCGUUCAGCAGUGCAAACGGAAGGCGAAAGUCUGGGAGCCGGAAGUCGACCUCUUCCGCCAAGGCCAGACAACUCUUGCACGCCAACGGUAUCAGUUCCCUAGCGACUGGCUCCAUGUGGAGAACGUCGAUGGUGAAUGGGCCGCUUUGAACGAGUUACUUGCCCGCAAGAGCAAAAUCGUGCACGAUCAAACUGAAGGGUUGCGCGCGAAGAUUGCCGCCGAGGACAAAGUCAUUGGCGAUAAGAUUGCGGCAAUCAUCGCCCAGUGGAAUGAAGAGAAACCGGUGUCUGGUACUAUUCCUCCCGACGAGGCUUCUCGUACACUCAGCUCGUUCCAAUCGCGUCUUGAAUCACUUCAGUCGGAGUUUGAAAUGGUCUCGAAGGCGAAAGAAGCUCUUGACCUGCCUGCAAGCGCAGAGUCUUCUCUUCCGGCUAUCCUUGAGGAGGUUCAGGACUUCAUGUCAGUCUGGGCAGCUCUGUCGACAAUCUGGAAGAGCCUCAAUGAUCUUAGGGACACUUUGUGGACGAGCGUGCAGCCCAGGAAACUUCGUCAGUCUAUCGACGGCCUGAUAAAAAUGACAAAGGAGAUGCCCAGCCGGAUGCGCCAGUAUGCUGCCUUCGAACAUAUUCAAAACGUCCUUCGCCAGCUCCUCAAGGUGAACGUCCUGAUCUCUGACAUGAAAUCCGAAGCUGUCCGUGAACGGCACUGGCAGAAGAUCUACAAGGCAAUCAAGCCGGGCAAGAGGUUUUCGCUCGUCUCCCUCACUCUUGGUGAUGUCUGGGAUCUAAACCUCACUCUGAGUGAGACGGUAAUCCGGAAUAUUAUUGCUCAAGCGCAGGGCGAAAUGGCUUUGGAAGAGUUCUUGAGGUCUGUCCGUGAAACAUGGCAGAACUAUUCUCUCGAUCUCGUCAAUUACCAGAACAAGUGCCGAUUAAUUCGUGGCUUUGACGAUCUCUUUGCGAAGUGCAGUGAGAACCUGAACUCUUUGCAAGCAAUGCGACACUCGCCUUACUUUAAGGAGUUUGAAGAAGAAGCUUCUUCCUGGGAAGAUAAACUUAACAGAGUCCAUGUCCUCUUUGACGUCUGGAUUGACGUGCAAAGGCAGUGGGUGUAUCUGGAAGGAGUCUUCACUGGCAACGCGGAUAUCAAGCAUCUUCUUCCCUUAGAAUCUGGCCGCUUUCAGAAUAUCAACUCGGAGUUCUUCGCGGUCAUGAAGAAAGUCUACAAAUCUCCCUUCGUGCUUGACGUCCUUGCUAUCAACGGGGUUCAAAAGUCGCUGGAGAGACUAGCGGAGUUGCUCAACAAGAUUCAGAAGGCACUGGGUGAAUACCUGGAACGGGAGCGUGUGUCAUUCCCUCGCUUCUAUUUCGUUGGUGACGAAGACCUGCUCGAGAUCAUUGGUAACAGCAACGAUAUCUUCCGUGUUGCGAAGCAUUUCAAGAAGAUGUUUGCGGGUCUCUCCGGUGUUCUCAUGGAUGAUGACAACAAUAUCGUCGGUUUUACUUCUAAGGAAGGCGAGGAGGUCCGUCUGAAGAAGGAAAUCAAUCUAGUCAAGACGCCUAAGAUCAAUGAAUGGCUGGGAGCCCUCGAAAAUAACAUGAAAUUGACACUCGCAGAGCUGCUUGCCGAGGCUGUCGAGCAGUUUGAGCCGCUUUAUAACUCUUCGGAAGUUGAUCGCACGGCCUUCAAUGACUACAUUGCUAACUACCCUGCCCAAAUUGUCGUUCUUGCCAGCCAGGUGGUCUGGACUAAUGCUGUGCAGAAGUCAUUGGAGAACGGCGGCACCGACCUCUCGUCUCUGUAUGAUGCCCAGGUUCGAGUGCUCGAGAUGCUUGCUGUUACUGUUCUUGGCGAGCUGGACGCAAUUACCAGGAAGAAGUGUGAGCAUAUGAUCACGGAGUUCGUUCACCAGCGGGACGUCAUUUCGAAGCUCAUAGCAUUUAACGCUACAACGCCGAUCCACUAUCUUUGGCUUCUACAGAUGCGUUAUGUUUACCGACCCGAAGGCGAAUAUCUCCAACGAUUGUAUGUUCAUAUGGCCAACGCCAAGCUGAACUACGGAUUUGAGUAUCUCGGCGUCCCAGAGCGUCUUGUUCGCACUCCGCUUACUGAUCGUUGUUUCUUGACACUUACCCAAGCAUUGUGUCAAAGACUCGGAGGAUCCCCCUAUGGACCCGCUGGUACCGGUAAAACAGAAUCCGUUAAAGCAUUGGGUCUUCAACUUGGACGCUUCACUUUGGUGUUCUGCUGUGACGACACUUUUGAUUUUCAAGCCAUGGGCCGAAUCUUCCUUGGUAUUUGCCAAGUUGGUGCAUGGGGUUGUUUUGAUGAGUUCAACCGUCUCGAGGAGAGAAUUCUUUCCGCUGUCUCUCAGCAGAUCCAAAACAUCCAAAUUGGUCUUAAGAACGGGGAGACUGAUGACAAGGCCCAGAUUGAGCUCGUCGGCAGACGUCUCAGUGUCAACCCGAGCACUGGAAUCUUCAUUACAAUGAAUCCUGGCUAUGCUGGUCGUUCCAAUCUCCCCGACAACUUGAAGAAGCUCUUCCGGAGCGUGGCAAUGUCCAAGCCCGACAAGGAGCUCAUUGCGGAGGUUAUGCUGUUUUCUCAGGGUUUCAAGCAGGCGAAGCGGCUCUCGACAAAGACAGUCCCCUUCUUCGACCACUGCGCUUCCCAGCUGUCUAAACAAGCCCAUUACGAUUUUGGUCUGCGUGCUCUGAAGAGUGUUCUCGUCAGCUCAGGUGGUCUUAAACGAGCUCGGAUUGCCAGCACAGAUGGCGACCUAGGUCCGGAUGAGCUCAUCGAACCUCAAAUCAUUGUGCAGAGCCUUCGUGAAACGAUUGCACCUAAGCUCGUCCGGGAGGAUGUUGACAAGAUGCUGGAAAUCCAAUCACAAGAUUUUGCAGGAGUGGAAUACGUUCCCGCCAACUAUGAGAAGCUUGAAGCAACCAUCCGCGAAAUUGCUCGGGAACAGCACCAUGUCGAUAGUGAGAUGUGGGUCACCAAAGCCUUGCAGCUUUAUCAAAUCCAGACAAUCCACCAUGGUGUCAUGAUGGUCGGUAAAUCGGGAGCCGGAAAAUCUUCCGCGUGGAAAAUACUCCUCCAGGCGCUUCAGCAGAUUGAGGGCGUCGAAGGCGUAUCCCACAUCAUUGACUCCAAGGUCAUGUCUAAAGAAGCCCUGUACGGAAACCUGGACAGCACUACUAGAGAGUGGACAGACGGUCUGUUUACGGGUAUAUUGAGAAAGAUCGUUGAUAAUCUUCGAGGUGAAGAUUCUAAGCGACACUGGAUUGUCUUCGACGGAGACGUUGAUCCUGAAUGGGUUGAGAACUUGAACAGUGUUCUUGACGACAACAAGCUUUUGACUCUACCCAAUGGUGAACGUCUUAAUUUGCCGCCCAAUGUACGCAUCAUGUUUGAGGUUGAAACUCUCAAAUAUGCUACCUUGGCAACAGUCAGUCGUUGUGGUAUGGUCUGGUUCAAUGACGACACUGUCACUCCUUCAAUGAUCAUCUCCAACUACGUUGAGUCGCUCCGAACGAAAACAUUUGAAGACCUGGAUGAUGAUAGCGCGCCGUCAGGCCAGGCUGCGAUCAAAACGCAGGAUGCACAAGACAUGGUUUCCACAAUUCUGAAGCAGCUUCUGCAGACUGAUGAUCUUGUCCUGAAAUCGUUGGAGGAGGCGAAGAAGUACAACCACAUCAUGGAGUUCACGGACAUACGUGCUCUCAAUACCUUGUUUAGUCUUCUAAACAAGGCUUGCCGCAAUAUCCUCGAGUAUAAUAUUCAGCAUGUCGAUUUUCCGCUGGAUUCCGACCAGAUAGAGUCCUAUGUUUCAAAAAAGCUACUUCUAGGCCUCGUUUGGUCGUUCACUGGUGACUGUCCCCUGGCUGAUCGACAGGCAUUUGGACAGUUUGUAUCGGGCAUGUCGACCAUCGAUCUUCCUGCAGAUGGAAUGUCGUCUCUCAUUGACUACGACAUCACUCUUCCCAAAGCAGACUGGACUACCUGGCACUCGCAAGUUCCAACUGUCGAGAUCAACACGCACUCAAUUACCCAAACAGAUGUGGUUAUUCCCACUGUGGACACUGUUCGUCAUGAAGAUGUGCUCUAUUCUUGGCUUGCAGAGCAUAAGCCUUUGCUCCUGUGUGGCCCUCCUGGAUCUGGUAAAACCAUGACACUGUUUGCUGCUCUUCGGAAACUCCCGAAUAUGGAGGUUGUCGGCCUCAACUUCUCUAGUGCCACUACUCCGGAUCUCCUGAUCAAGACAUUCGAGCAGUAUUGUGAAUACAAGAAAACGCUGAAUGGCGUGGUCAUGUCACCUAGCCAAAUUGGUCGUUGGCUGGUUAUUUUCUGUGAUGAGAUCAACCUUCCAGCACCUGACCGAUAUGGAACCCAGCGCGCGAUCUCCUUCCUGCGGCAACUUGUUGAGCAGAAUGGUUUCUGGAGGACGUCCGACAAGACAUGGGUUACUUUGGACCGCAUUCAAUUUGUUGGAGCCUGUAACCCUCCAACUGACGCUGGACGUACACCGCUGGCUGAAAGAUUCUUGCGUCAUGCCCCUCUGAUCAUGGUUGACUACCCCGGGGAAAUCUCGCUCAUGCAGAUCUAUGGCACCUUCAAUUCCGCUGUUCUGAAGAUCCUCCCUCUUUUGCGGGGCUACUCCGAAAAUCUGACCAAAGCCAUGGUGCAGCUAUACUUGGAAUCUCAAACCCGCUUUACGCCAAAGAUUCAACCCCAUUAUGUCUACUCCCCUCGUGAGCUUACCAGAUGGGUGCGUGGUGUGUACGAGGCUAUCAAACCGCUUGAUUCACUUUCCAUCGAAGGUCUGGUUCGGAUCUGGGCACACGAAGCCUUGCGCCUCUUCCAGGACCGACUUGUUGAUGAAGAAGAGCGAAAAUGGACAGCAGAUACCGUCCGGCGCAUUGCCCUCGACAAUUUCCCUACCAUUGAUCAGGAGCAAGCCCUGAAAGGGCCCAUUCUUUUCUCGAACUGGCUGUCCAAGAACUACGUUCCUGUGGAGCAAGAACAGCUGCGCGACUUUGUGAACGCACGGUUGAGGACGUUCUGUGAAGAGGAGGUUGACGUUCCUCUCGUGCUGUUUAAUGAUGUCCUGGAACAUGCUCUGCGUAUUGACCGUGUCUUCCGCCAACCUCAAGGUCACCUUAUCCUUAUUGGUGUCAGCGGAAGUGGUAAAACCACGCUUUCGCGCUUCGUCGCCUGGAUGAAUGGCUUGAAGGUGUUCCAGAUCAAGGUACACGGAAAGUACUCAUCUGAAGACUUUGAUGACGACUUAAGGAGUGUCCUCCGACGUGCAGGCUGCCGGGGUGAGAAGAUUUGCUUUAUCAUGGAUGAGUCAAACGUCUUGGAUUCUGGCUUCCUUGAACGUAUGAACACUCUUCUGGCCAACGCUGAAGUGCCAGGGUUGUUCGAGGGUGAUGAAUUCUCCUCCCUAAUGACCGCGUGCAAAGAAGGUGCGCAACGUCAAGGCCUUCUUCUCGACACACAAGAAGAGCUAUACAAGUGGUUCACACAACAAAUUGUCAAGAACUUGCAUGUUGUUUUCACCAUGAACCCACCUGAGGAAGGGUUGUCCUCCAAGGCCGCGACAAGUCCUGCGCUUUUCAACAGAUGUGUUCUGAACUGGAUGGGUGAUUGGUCGGAUCAAGCACUCUUCCAGGUCGGUUCUGAGCUGACGCAAGCAAUUGAUCUGGACAAGACGAACUUUGUUGCACCUGACAGCAUUCCCGUAGCAUACCGGGAUCUGAGUCUUCCUGCAUCACACAGAGAUGCUGUCGUCAAUUCGAUGGUCUACAUUCACUACUCCCUUCAAAAGUUUAACCAGCGCCUUCAGAAACAACAAGGAAAAGCCACGUUCCUCACACCGCGCCACUACCUCGAUUUCGUUGCGCAUUACGUCAAACUUUUCAAUGAGAAGCGCGAGGACCUUGAAGAGCAACAACGUCACUUGAACGUGGGUCUUGAAAAGUUGCGGGAUACGGUGGAUAAAGUCAGCGACCUGCGUGCUAGCCUUGCAGAAAAGAAGACCCAACUGGAGAAGAAGGAUACCGAAGCCAACGAGAAGCUCCAACGCAUGGUGGCUGACCAACAAGAAGCCGAACAGCGCAAAGCCGUCUCACUGGAGGUCCAAGCCGCCCUUGAGAAGCAGGAGCAAGAAGUCGCCCGUCGAAAGGAAGUUGUGCUUAAUGACCUUGCUAAAGCCGAACCAGCUGUCUUAGAGGCCCAGAAGAGUGUUAGCAACAUCAAACGCCAACAUCUCACUGAAGUCCGUUCCAUGGGUAACCCUCCAGCUGGCGUUCGUCUUGCGCUCGAGGCCGUGUGCACACUGCUUGGUCACAAGGUGGAUAACUGGAAGACAAUCCAGGGUAUCGUCCGAAAAGACGACUUUAUCGCUAGUAUUGUCAACUACGACAAUGAGCGGCAGAUGACGAGAAACCACCGGGUCAAGAUGCAGAACGAGUAUCUUUCGAAGGAGGAUUUCACUUACGAGCGAGUGUACAGAGCUAGUAAGGCUUGUGGACCUCUAGUCCAGUGGGUUGAAGCGCAGGUCAAUUACUCGGAGAUUUUGGCUCGUGUCGGACCCCUGCGUGAAGAAGUGGAUCAGCUUGAGGAGCAAGCUUUGCAGACGAAGGCUGAGGCCCAGGCCAUCGAAAAUACCAUCCAGGACCUUGAAAGCAGUAUCUCCACCUACAAAGCUGAGUAUGCUGCUCUUAUUAGCGAAACCCAGGCUAUCAAGGCCGAGAUGUCCCGAGUGCAGUUCAAGGUCGACCGAAGUGUUCGCCUGCUCGAUAGCUUGGCGUCUGAACGUACGAGAUGGGAGGAAGGAAGCAAAUCGUUCGAAACACAGAUCAGCACCCUCGUCGGCGAUGUCCUCAUUGCGGCCGCUUUCCUUGCAUAUGCUGGUCUUUAUGAUCAACAGUUCCGAAAGGCAAUGAUCGAUGAUUGGGUUAACCAGUUGACACAGUCCGGCAUCAGCUUCAAGCCUCAUAACCCCGUCACUGAGUAUCUAUCAAACGCCGAUGAGCGUCUUACUUGGCAAGAUCACUCGCUCCCGGUUGAUGACCUCUGUACCGAGAACGCAAUCAUCUUGAAGCGGUACAACAGAUAUCCUCUGAUCAUCGAUCCCUCUGGACGUACCACCGAAUUCCUGCAAAAGGAAAGCACGGACAGAAAGUUGACUGUUACCAGCUUUUUGGACGAUUCCUUUGUCAAACAGUUGGAAAGUGCCCUGCGUUUUGGAAAUCCUAUUCUCAUUCAGGACGCUGAGUACUUGGAUCCCAUCCUGAACCAUGUCCUCAACAAGGAGUACCAGAAGACCGGAGGCCGUGUCCUCAUCCAGCUCGGCAAGCAGGAGAUCGACUUUUCUCCUUCAUUCAAACUCUUCCUGUCAACGCGAGACCCGUCUGCAUGCUUCCCUCCGGAUGUCUGCAGCCGGACUACCUUUGUGAACUUUACUGUAACCCAAAGCAGUCUUCAAACACAGUCUCUCAACGAGGUUCUGAAAUUUGAGAGACCUGAUGUCGAUGCGCGACGCACUGAUCUGGUCAAAUUGCAAGGCGAGUUCAAGAUUCAUCUACGCCAGCUCGAAAAGAGACUUCUUCAGGCUUUAAAUGAGUCGCGUGGCAACAUCCUGGAUGAUGACCACGUUAUUGAGACCCUCGAGACCCUCAAGAAGGAAGCAGCAGAAAUCUCAAAGAAGAUGGUGGAGACUGAGGGAGUGAUGACUGAGGUAGAGAACAUCACCCUCAACUAUAACAUCAUUGCUCGUGCUUGCAGUGCUGUCUUCGCCGUGUUGGAACAGCUCCAUCAUAUCAACCACUUCUACCAGUUCUCUCUUCAAUUUUUCGUGGAUAUCUUCCAUUCUGUCCUUUACCAGAACAAGCGCCUGGCCCAAGAAAAGGAUCAUGCCGCCCGUGUGCAGAUUAUUCUGCACGACCUCUUUGUUACGACAUACCAGCGAACCUCUCUGGGCAUGAUUCAAAAGGACCGCAUUACGCUGGCUAUGCUGCUUGCGCAGGCCUCGCCCUUUGUUGUGGACAAGGAUAUUAUUGACACCAUCCUUGACCAGUCAACGGAAGGAGUGGAUCUAUCAACAACAUCUGAACUGAAGGAACAGGUGAUGAACCGGGUCGCCAACAUGCCUCUCUUCAAAUCGAAAUUCCAAGACGUGCCGUCAGAACAGUGGGAACGGUUCUUUAGCGAAGAACUUGCAGAGAACGCAGUGCCCACCCUUUGGCCAGAAGACGCAGAGCCUCUAAACAAAUCGCUGCGGACGUUGUUACUCGUGAAGCUGUGUAGAUUGGACAGAUUCGUUCCAACUGCCGAACGCUUUAUUGAGGCAGUCUUCGGUCGCGAAUUGUUUGAAGGCAGUGGCGACCUCAAGGACAUCGUCGACCAAGUCACAGCGACAAGACCGAUUUCCCUCAGUUCGAGCCCUGGUUUCGAUGCUAGUUACAAGGUCGAUGCACUUGUGGAGCGCAUGCACGCUAUCUGCGCGAAUAUUGCAAUGGGCUCCAACGAAGGUCUCGAGAGUGCUGACAAGGCUAUCACUAAUGCCGCUUCUGCUGGCACCUGGGUCUUGGUCAAGAAUGUCCACCUCGCACCCUCUUGGCUGCAGAGCCUCGAAAAGAGGCUGGAAUCCCUCAAACCUCAUAAGGACUUUAGAUUGUUCCUCUCUAUGGAAUCUAGCCCCAAGAUCCCUGUCAAUCUGAUCCGAGCAUCGCGUGUUCUCAUGUACGAACAGCCGGCCGGUGUGCGUGCCAACAUGAAGGAUUCCUUGACCUCCCUGUCCUUGAGGGCCAGCAAGCCUCCAGUCGAGAAGGCUCGCGUUUAUCUCUUGCUCUCCUUCCUCCAUGCUGUCGUUCAAGAAAGGCUGCGGUAUGCACCAAGUCUCGGAUGGAAGGGCUUCUGGGAGUUUAACGACAGUGAUUACGAGUGCUCUGCAUACAUCAUUGAUCACUGGGUUGAUACGGUAGCUCAGGGUCGAUCCAAUGUUGCACCUCAGAAGCUCCCGUGGGACAUGAUUCGGACUUUGGUUACAGAGAUGUAUGGAGGCAAGGUGGAUGAUUCAGGUGACUUCCAGCAACUGCAGGAACUGGUCACCAGCUUCCUCACCCCAGCGGCCUUUGAAGAUGAGUACAAGCUCGUUUCGGGGGUGGAGAAUGAUGAAUGUCUGGUCCUUCCGGGAGAGACAAGCAUUCGGGACUUCGUGGAGUGGGUUAAUCGCCUUCCUGAGAGAGAACCUCCGACGUACCUCGGUCUCCCAGCCAAUGCAGAAAAGCUACUGCUUGUUGGCCAUGGUAACAAGAUGAUCUCUGACUUGGCCAAGUUGACGACUCUGCUUGAUGAGGGCGAACAGUUGAUGAUCGGUGCCUGA